AACACAGAUUAGAGACUCCAACGCAGAGGAAGAAGAAGGAAAAAAGAAAAAAAAGCCUGCACAACAUAUCAAAUGCACCGAUUUCAUUUUCUUGAAAGUGAAAACAAACCUGUAACGAUCUAUUACAAUAGAGAAAAUCUCAACAUAGUUUGUUGAGAGAUUCAAAAUCUGUUCUUUAUUAUCACAUAAAAUUAUCUUCUUCCGGGUUGCUCUACAAAGAAAGCUGAAGUAUUAUAUUUACACGUGUAUAUAGAUUCAUACAUGGAUAAGUUGCAGUGGGGGAACAGGAAGAGACUGAGAUGUGUAAAAGUGAAGGACUCAUCUUUGAAUGGGAAAUCAGAUGGAGAUGGAAGUGGGAGUGGUGUUGUGAAGAAGAAAAUCACAUCGAGGGUUGUCGAUAAUAACAAUAAUAGUAGUAAUAAUAACAAAGAAUCAUCUGUUCUUCCUCCUAUUCCAUCUCCUCAUCGUUCCAACAGGGACCUGGGAAUGAGUAGAUCUGGUGCAAAUGAUAACCGAAAAGCAUCAACAUCUUCAUCACCUGAGAAAGAAGAUCGGUAUUACACAACAAGGGGGUCGGGGACAUUUGAUGAUAGUAGCAAGGCUUUUGCAAAUCCUGAGGAAAAUAGAAAGAUUGUUUGGCCAAAAUUACUUGUUACCUUAUCGAGUAAGGAAAAAGAGGAAGAUUUUAUGGCUAUGAAAGGCUGUAAACUACCUCAGAGGCCUAAGAAAAGGGCCAAGUUGAUCCAAAGAACUAUUCUUCUGGUAAGCCCCGGUGCCUGGUUGUCUGAUUUGUGCCAAGAGAGGUAUGAAGUGCGGGAGAAGAAGACUUCAAAGAAGAAACCUCGAGGAUUGAAAGCUAUGGGAAGCAUGGAAAGUGAUUCAGAAUAAUAGGUGGGACAGAGAAAGGGAGAAGAUAUUGUAGUAACAAUCUGAUAUUUUGCGAGUUGUAGUAGUAUAAUAGUCUAUAAUUUGGAGUUCUUGGUUGGUUUUGCAGAGCUGCUCGUAGUUCUUGAGCCUCUUAUUCAAAUCUUGUAUUGCAUAUCUAAGAAUGAAUUAUCAUUUUCAUUAUUUUCCAAAAAUUAAAGUUCUUUAUUACC